CGCCUAUCUCCAAAACGUUCAUUCCCAGAUCCACUGUUCAAAAUUAUCAUCAGAAAAAACAAUUACGUUGGCAACAAAACCAUUUUCAAAAUUUUAACGAUCAAUACUUAAAUUUAAAGAAAAAUCAAAUUCACAAUUUCAAAUCAACACAAAAUUCUAAUUUAAAACAAAAGAAAAAUCAAAAUUUCAAUCAAAACAAAUUUGGAGAUGGGCAAGAGACAGAUUCUGUUGAUGUUUUAAUUUCUUUUAAAGAAAAAUGUUCUAUUCCUGUAUAUGUACAUACCACUCGGUUUAAUGCUCUUUUAGAUACAGGAUCAACAAUUUCAGCCAUUAAUUCCGACACUUUGAACAAAAUCAAAAUUCAUGAAAAUAAACUUAAAAAUUCUGAAAUUUCGUUUAUCACCGGUGCUGGGGGAACGACACAUACAGUAAAUGGGAAAAUCGAAUUGGAAAUAAAAAUAGGAGGUCUUAAAUUUAGGCAAAUAUUUUAUGUCAUUCAAGACUUGUGUCAUCCUUUAAUUUUGGGAACUGAUUUUAUGAAAAAACAAAAAGCAUGCAUUGAUUGGGGUACGAAAGCAUUGUAUUUACAAGAGUUUUCUACUUAUGUUAAUAUAAUUAACGUAAGUAAUGGUUUGGCCAGAGUCUCAAAAGCAAUUACCGUACAACCAAACGGAUUUGCAAAUAUUCCAAUAAAACUCUCGCGCACUCAGAAAAACCAUACCGUGUUAUUAGAACCGACUGGCAAUAUACAAAAGCAGCUCGCAAUUGCAAAGUGUCUUGUAAUUAAUCGGCCGAAGCGCGUGUUUAUACAAGUAGCCAAUGCAUCCAAUAAGAACGUAUGCUUGACCGCGGGCACGAUAAUAGCUACAGUGAGUACGAUCCGGACAAAAGCUAUUUAUUCCAUAGACGAAAAUAACACAACUAUAAAAUCGAAAUAUAAACAUGUACCGUUAGACUUAACAUCAACUGUGUUAUCAGAUCAGCAAAAGCAAUUAUUUCAAGAAUUUAUCAAUCAAAACAGUGAUGUCUUUGCAACUGAUUUAUCAGAAUUAGGUAAAUGCAACAAUUAUUAUCAUUCCAUUAUAACAGAAACGGAAAAACCUAUUCAAUCGCAGCCCUAUAGAACAUCGCCAAAAGCAAAGUUGGAAAUUGAAAAACAAGUUAAACAAAUGUUGAAAUACGAUAUAAUUGAAGAAAGCAUUUCCGCGUAUGCUUCUCCGGUUGUCUUAGUUAAAAAGCCAAAUAAUGAAUAUAGAUUUGCAAUAGAUUAUAGAAAAUUGAACGCGGUCACUCAACUUCAAACUUUUCCAUCUAUGCGUUUAGAUGAUGUAUUCGAUGCGGUAGGUCAAACCAAAGCUCAGAUAUUUUCAACUCUAGAUUUGGCUUCGGGUUAUUGGCAAAUUGCCUUGGAUGAACGAACAAAACAUAAAACUGCUUUUAUUACGCAUGAUAAUUUAUAUCAGUUUAAACGAAUGCCUUUUGGAUUAGUUAAUGCACCUGCGACGUUUCAAAUGCUCAUGAAUAUGAUUCUAAAAGGUCUUACGUGGAAACAUUGUUUGGUUUAUAUUGAUGACAUCAUUGUAUGGUCAGAUAAUUUUGAAAAUCAUUUAAAACAUCUUUCUUUAAUUUUUCAAAGAUUACGAGACGCAAAUUUGACAUUAAAACCGCUCAAAUGUUCAUUUGCAAAAUCAGAAGUAAAUUAUUUGGGACAUAUUAUAGCAAAAGACGGAAUAAAAGUAAAUCCAUCCAAAAUUGACGCGGUAAAAUCUUAUCCUUUACCCAAAAAUCAGCAUGAUGUUCGCAGUUUUCUGGGUCUUGCAAAUUAUUAUCGGAAAUUUGUCAAAGGUUAUUCCAAAAUUGCGAUGCCUUUAAAUAGAUUAUUAACAAAGAACACGCUGUUUAAAUGGACACAAGAUUGUCAAACUGCUUUUGAUUCAUUAAAACAAGCUUUAACGAAUACUCCUAUCUUGGCGUAUCCAGAUUUUCAAAAACAAUUUAUUGUAUCUUGCGAUGCAUCUGGAAUGGCAAUAGGUUAUGUUCUGUCACAAAUUGGGGAUGAUGAUAAGGAACAUGUAAUUGCAUAUGGGGGAAGAGCGCUUAUCAAUACAGAAAAAUCAUAUUCUGUUACGGAACAGGAAAUGCUAGCAUUAAUAUCAGCUAUUGAUCAUUUUCGCGUUUAUUUAAUUAACAAUAAAUUCAUUGUUAAUACCGACCACAAGGCGCUUACCUGGUUAAAAACGAUAAAACAUACAAAUGCAAGAUUAAUUCGAUGGGCUUUAAAAUUGCAAGAAUAUACAUUUGAUAUUAAACAUCGACCAGGAAUAAAACAUCAAAAUUGUGAUGCUCUUUCAAGAAGGCCAUACCCAGAUCAAGACAUGUGUCAAAACACAAACGAGUUCUCCCAAGAUGAUGAUUUGUUACCGUCAGAAAAAACAGAAAUAACAUUCAUCUAUGCAAAUGAAAAUUCUGAAGACAUUUUAAAAAUGGCUGAAAAGAAAACAAAAUGUCAAAACACCACAAUAAAUGUACUAUCAAUUCAAACUCAAAUUAAGAAUGAACAACAAAAUUGUCCAUAUUUUAAGCAUAUUUAUGAGUAUAUACAACAAGGACUUCUUCCAGCAGAUAAAAAUCGUGCAAAAGCAAUUCCGUAUGAAGCAAAUCAGUAUGAAAUUAUAAAUGAUGUAUUGUUUCAUAUAUUCCAACCAAGAACUAAAAAUAAGGCAAAAACGGAAGUAAUUUUAAAACAAUUGGCUGUUCCGGAAAAACUAAGAAAUGAUGUGAUAAGGUCAUAUCAUGAUUCAAUUGCAGGCGGUUGUCAUUUAGGCGUUCAAAGGACAUAUGUGGCAAUAAAACAAAAAUACUUUUGGCCUAAAAUGUAUCAAAAUAUCUACGAUUAUGUAACGUCAUGUGACAUCUGUCAAAGGGUCAAACGAGAUACGUCAGCUCGAAAUGCACCAUUACAUCCCUUGCCAGUCCAAGGUACCUUUGAUAGAUGGCAUAUGGACAUUUUGGCAGGAUUACCAAAAACAAAACAAGGCUUUCAAUACAUUCUAUUGGUAACAGAUUCCUUGUCGCAUUGGUCAGAAGCUUUGCCAAUGAAAACUCAGGAGGCUACUGAAGUUGCUAAUGUAUUAUACAAAGAAAUUUUUACUAGGUAUGGGGCUCCUAGGACUUUAGUCAGUGAUAGGGGACAAAAUUUUAUGUCAAAAAUAGUGCAAAUCUUGUGUAAAAUUUUUCAAGUUACACGACAUGUCACAAGUUCCUAUCACCCACAAAGUAAUGUAGCUUGUGAAAGAAUUAAUUCCACGCUUGCGCAAUCUUUACGGGCUUAUUGUCAAAAAGAACAAACACAAUGGGAUGAAAUUUUGCCCAGUAUUUUGAUGGCAUUUAGAAUGAGUCCCUCAACGCAAUCAACGGGGUUUUCGCCAUACUAUAUGGUAUUUGGAAAAGAAAUGUCCUUACCGUUGGAUGUUGCGUUAUUGCCAACUGAGGAAUUAAACAAAGCGCCUGAUGCAUACGUAAAGGAAUUGGUCCAUAAAGUAAAAAUUAUUCAAGAACUCGCAAAACAAAAUGUAAAAGAUGUCCAAAAAGUAAAUAAAGAACGGUAUGAUAAGAAAACAAAGGUACCACAAUUUCGGAUAAGGGACCAAGUACUACUCAAAGUCAUGAAACGUACCCCAGGAAAAAAACAUAAACUUCAACCUAAAUGGGAGGGUCCUUAUUAUAUAAUUAAGGUUAACCCAAAUCAUUCCUUUAGGUUGCGCCGAUGUGAUACUCACGUAGAAUUGAAAUCAUCGGUGCAUGCGAAUCGCUUAAAGUUUUAUAAGGAUCCGCGAGAUUUCAGACCACCACCUGGUAAUGAUAACGAUGGUGAAGUACAAAACAACAAUCAAAAUAAUGUAACUCGAGAUAAGGGAAAUAAGCAAAACUGUCAGAGUAAUGUAAAUGACAGAGCUAAUCAAGAUAAAAAUAAAAACAAGCCAAAUGGACAAUGGCAUGAAGUUGAAAAAUUGUUGAAAUCAAAAUACAUAAAUAACAAAAGACAUUAUUUAGUUAAAUGGGCGGAUGGCUCAAAACCCACAUGGGAACCGUCAAAUAAUAUAUCACAGUUUUUAAAACAAUUGUAUCACUCAUCGGUAAAACCAAGAAAAAGAAGACGAUAUUAAUACAAUUUAGCUAAGUAAAAAGCAUAAUGAAAAAGAAAGAAAAAAAGAAAUAUACACGAAAUGAUUUAAUAUGUAUGAAAGAUAUAAAGAUAAUCAUUAAUUUAUGCAUUUUAAGAAAAAGGGAUAUCGUUGAAGGUUGACAAGAAUUAUUUUGAGCCCAUUCAUUAUCAUUUUUCUUCCAUUAUUUCUUCUAUCAGGGCGCCCGCUUUCUUAUCAAACUAUUUUCAUUUCAUUGUAGGUAUGGUGGGCACGAUUUGGCUCUUCGUCUUCCUUAUUUUUGCGAGUUUCAUACCUUUUUCGAUGCAAGAUGAGCACAGACUCAAUUAUGGGGUGAUGUUUCAAAAGCAGAUUGAUGUUGAUUUUGCAUCAGAUACAUGGGUACAUACUUUUGAAAUACCUUUGUUCUUAGAUGUUACACUUCCUGAGCUUUCUAAGUGUACGUUAAGAAAUCCAAAGUAUUGUUUCACGUUGCAUCAGUUGUCGGUCAAUAUCAAGGUCAUCAGAACUAAGCUAAAAAGUCAUCUUGACUCGGCUAAACAAUUGGUGUAUGCCUUAAUUCCAGAAAUAAAAAUGCCGUUAAAAUCGCGCUCUAAACGCGCUUUAUUACCGUUUGUUGGGGAAUUGUCAAAAAGUCUUUUUGGGGUCGCAACAUCGAACGAUGUCAAUGUAUUGGCUCAACAUAUAAACCAAUUGACUAAAAAUAAUAACAAAGUUGCUAAAGCAUUAAAACGGUAUGGGGGAGAUUUUUCCUCGUUUGUAACACAUAUUGAUGAGCGAUUGUCAAACGCCAUGAAAGGAAUGAAAGCGGAAAGCGUUACAAUUAAUAGAAUGAUCACCGAAUUAAAACAAGUGGAAUCCGAAUUGCCUGCCAUAACUUCUAUAUUUACGGGAUAUCUCAUGAGGCAUUUAAAUGAUGCGUUUUUAUUGGAAACAUUUUUAACAAAUUUAAGAGCCUCGUUGUCUGAUUUGGCUGAAGGAAAACUUUCUCCAUGGAUAAUAUCUCCAGAAGUUUUAAUCAAUACAACUACGGAAAUCCAAACAAUUUUGGAUCAAGACAAAUUAGGGUACAAAAUAGUAACUACAGAUCCCGCAUAUUACUAUAAAUUUGCAAAAUUUACGAUGAUGCGUAACACUUCAGUUUUGUAUCUUUCAGUUCAAUUUCCUUUAGCAACGUAUAAAAACUCAUUUUCAACGUAUAAAGUUUUGUCGUUUCCAGUUCCAAUUAAUAAUUCUCAAAAUCACGCCUCGCAAUUGUUAGAUUUACAUGAUUAUCUACUUUUAUCAACGGAUAAUCAAUUUUAUGCAACAAUCUCAGAUAAAACAAUGUCCCAGUGUCAACGAACAGAAAAAGUUGUUCACUGUUUUCAAAAACCUAAUCUGUUUUCUAUCAAUACAACAGAAAAUUGUCUCUUAAAUUUAUUUCAAGGCAAUCCUACUUUGAUUAAAGAAGCAUGUGAUUUUCGGUUUUUAACUAAUAAAUUAAAACCUCAUUUAAUUCAAAUUUCUGAUACAGAACUUUUGGUUUAUCAAACUCCGUCAUUAACUAUGCAAUGUCAAUCAAAGUUGUCAGAGUUAGAUGGUUGCAAUUUUUGCAUUCUUAAUAUACCAUGUCAUUGCACGGUAUUAACUGAAACUAACAAAUUUUUACCGCAUGUAGCCAGUUGUGAUUCAACAAUGCAAAACGUAACAACCUUGCAUCCAGUUAAUUUGGCACUGUUACAACAUUUCUUUUCAGAAGAUACAAUUGCUACUAUCAUGACAAAUACUACAUUUAAAAACGUUGUUGAUGUCAAAGUUCCCAAUUUUAAACUUUAUAAACACAAAAUGCAAGACGUUUUGGCAAAUGAUAAAGUAAUCGAUCUUAGUCUAAAACAGGUUAUCAAACGAACAAAAGAAGAUAAUAAAAUUUAUUCUAAUUUGGCAGAGUCUUUAAUUGAUGGAGAAAUUCAACUAGAAAAUCCCUGGCCAACUUUAAAUGACAUUUUAACUUAUAUUGCGUUUGGACUCACAAUUUUUAAUACAAUAUGGCUUAUCUUCCUCUUUUGUAAAUUCAAAACAUUAGCAACCGCUUUAUUACUAACGAAAUCCACAAGUGCAUCUCCAACGUUUUAUUUCACUCAGCCUACUACAACAAUCGAAACAAACACACUUUGGGAUGUUUUGCUAAAAGAUCAAGUUCAAUGGGAUCAUUUUGCAAUAACUUUGUUACUAAUCAACCUUCUGUUGCUUGCUGUUAUUGUUAAAAAAAUCUUUGGAAGACGAAAUAUUCAUACGAAUGUUUACUUAGAAAUUACUAAUGGAAAGGCAUGCGUUACUGUUAAAGCACUUAGUGUUCCUCUCUGUUUAUCUCAUUGGCACGUGCAACCACCGGCUAUGAUUGAUAACAUCAUCGUUUUAGGUUCAUUUCGUCCUAAACUUGCGGUUAAUUGGCCAAAAUUUGCUUUUACGAGUAAAUUGACCUCCACAUCGUUACAAGUACCGGGAUUAAUCAGUAUCUCUUACUAUCAAGCAUACAGGUUGAGAAAGAUUUUAAAAGAAUCGUAUUGUGCAUACAUUGUAAUGGCCCAUAAAAAUAUAUAUUACCCUUUGAAAACAAAUAAGUUACCUAAACCGCCUUCUGUUCCAACUCAUGACCACAUGUAUCCUAAUGUGUUCGAGUAAUAUGGGCUGAGUUUCCCAUGCCAAAUUUCAAAAUUUUCAUUUUUUUUUAAUUUUUUUUUCGGUCACCUACUUAUAUUAUUAAAUCAACACAUUAAUUAUAUUUAAAUUAAUAACGACAUAAUCUUAAUUAAUAAUCUAUUUUUAAUUAAAUUUUAUAAUUAAAAUUAAUUUCUUUAUUUCUGGAACGCCCUCUUUCAGGUUUUGUUUUCUAUAUCAAUGUUCAGUUUUUAUCUUCCUGGGUCAAGUAUGAAGUGCUUAUACAUCUUGAUACUUUUUGUAAAAAAUUUUGUUACACAUUAUACAUAUACACAACACCUAAGUCAAUGAGAGUAUGUUUAACGGUUUUCGAAUUCAUACUUUAUAAUAAUAGAUAUACAUGUACAUACCAGAGUAUGUUUAACGGUUUUCGAAUUCAUACUUUUUAUUGUAAUUUUUUUUUAUAAUUGAUAUUAUAUCAAGAAUAAUUAAUUUCCAUUGGAAAUGUGAAAACUGUUGGCAUAUAGGAUUCUUUUAACAUGUACACAUGUUUGUCUUCAUCCUAUUGUUUUCACAUUUUGCAAUGAGUUGAUGUAAAUUACAACUGUUACUUCGGGAAUACGUAACAUGAUAAUUUUUUAUAUUGUACCUUACUACAGGGGUAGUGACGUACACUUGUAUGAUAUUAAUUUUGAUAUCAUGUUUGUAUUUAAUUUUAUAUUAUUUUUUUUUAAAAUUACUGUAAAAGUAAUUGAGGUAUUAUUUGUACAAUUUUUUUUACAGGACGUAACGUUUUGCAUUUGGAAUUUUUUUUUUAAAAUGCAUCAUCGUUGAUAAUUGUUUGAAAUUUUUGAUUGCGGUUAAGCGGAUAGUGUCAAUACAAUUGGAUUACGUAUAAAACUAAACAAUUGAUAUAAAAGAAAAACAAGUUCAUUGUUAUUGAGAAUACACUAUUCUAAGGAGGCUAGCCGUCUCUACCCGUUCAUGCCCAGGCUAUACUUUGUACAUACAUUUUUAAAUUUCGAUUAAAUAUUAUUGCGUGGUGUUGUGUGAUUUAUUGUAACUCUUUGUAAAACUUUCAUUGACUUAAUCUUGUGUGGUAUAUUUUUGUCUUAACAUAGUUUUUUUUCUCUUUGUAGGUUGUACGAACCCCCUGAAUCAUGAGUUAUUUAAAAUAUCGGAUUACAAGAUAUAUGAUUCGUCAGUCCGAGGUUGUUUCUGGGUAUAACUUAUUAUUAAAACAUAAAUAUUUACAUACAUCUAUUCCCGAUUCAAUCACACACCCUGUAAUAAUUCAAAGACUUUUUGAUUUAUUCAAAAAUAUUACUAUAAAGAAAUUAACUAAAUUUAUUUAUUACUGUAAUGUUCACUUAGAAUGUGAAACUGAAUAUAUUUAUCAACAGUUGAUUACAUUCGCUGAUUUUUUUUGUUUUGAUUUACUUUUUACCUUAUUAGAGGAAUAUACGUUAACACUCAGUAAAGGAACAACCUUCGACUUACUCGUUUUAUAUUUUGAAUGUUUUGGCCUUUCACCGAUUGCAAAUAAUUAUUUGGUAAAGGUUUCUCAUUUAUAUCGAUUACCUAAGCAAUUCGUAUUCGACUUAAUUUUAGAGGAAGGAUAUACACCUCUGCGAUUUAGAAAAAAUAAAUUAAAAAAAUCGGUGAGAGAACAAUUAAGGUCAUCUUGGUAUGAUCAACCUACGGAUGAUAGGUUUAACAUUCAUUGUGCUGUGUGUAUGUUUGGUUGUCCAGCAACACAGCUGUGUGCAACAACCGAAUGCUGUUUUGCACGGGUGCACAGGCAGUGUCUAGACAAAAUUAACGCAGACACGCCGUGUGCAUUCUGUGGGACGGUACCCUUCUGGCACCUUAUUUAUCAUGUGCCAAGGCCAAUGCUCAGCACAACGAUUGUUUUACAAAAAUCAGAGUUUUUAAAAUAUCAUCCGGACACUGUUCAAUUUCCUGACCUUGAUCAUUUUUAUUUGGAAAAUCUAUUCACGGAAUCUUGAGGACAAGAUUUUUUUUGUUAGUAGGGGGAAUUUAUCAUAACGGAAAUUAUACAGAAAUUGGUUAAAGGACAUGCGGUAAAUAGAUAACGUAUGUUUAUUUAGGUUCAUGGAGAAAUGUGUUAUUAAGUCCAGUGAUGAGCCUGUCGAUGCCGGGUCAGAAAUCUAAAUAAAACGCUUCUACUGACCACGGUGCGUCAGAUCAUUAGUAUGCACUUAAUCGCAUUUACUUAUAAGGUCCGGAGAUCGGAGGUAGUGUCCGUGCGUAUAAAAGGGAGGUGCGGGGAAAGCGGCUCUCCAGUAGUCAACUGGAAGCUGUCUUUUGCCUCCUCUUUUUAUACAGGUAAGAUCAUAGUAAGAUACUUGCGCGGUUUUAAUAAAAGUUAACAAAAAUGAUUCAGAAGGUUCAAGUAAAUAUAAUAUCUUAUUUUCAGAGUUUUUGUAAUCAAUGUUUAUUGUUAUUAAUUAUACAUUAUAUUAUAUUGCGGAAUUUGAUUGGAAUGUUUUAUUAGUAAACUUGAAUAAAAGAAGUAGUCAACUGGAA